GGUACGGGAAGGUCCGAGUCGCUGCCGGGUGCCCGAGGGACGUCGUGGCCGUCUCCGCCACGGGUCCCGAUGGAGCCGCCGAAUCUCUAUCCGGUGAAGCUCUACGUGUACGACCUGUCUAAGGGCCUGGCCCGGAGGCUCAGCCCCAUCAUGCUGGGGAAACAGCUGGAAGGCAUCUGGCAUACCUCCAUAGUUGUGCACAAGGAUGAGUUCUUCUUUGGCAGCGGCGGUAUCUCCAGCUGUCCCCCGGGAGGGACAUUGCUCGGGCCUCCAGACUCUGUGGUAGAUGUGGGGAGCACAGAAGUCACCGAAGAAAUCUUUCUGGAGUACCUGUCUUCUCUGGGGGAGUCUCUGUUUCGGGGUGAGGCCUACAACCUCUUUGAACACAACUGUAACACCUUCAGCAAUGAAGUAGCCCAGUUUCUGACUGGGCGGAAGAUCCCUUCUUACAUCACUGACCUUCCCUCUGAAGUUCUCUCCACGCCCUUUGGACAGGCACUGCGUCCCCUCCUGGACUCCAUCCAGAUCCAGCCUCCCGGAGGAAACAAUAUCGGCAGAGCCAAUGGCCAGAGCUAACAGGACUGCAUGGGACCGCCCUGCCUCAUCAGGGCUUUGCCUUUUUAAACAAAACAAACCCUAACCAGAUUUCUAUUUUAUAAUUUUACAUCAGAGCUAACAACCAGGGGACGGCUUGUUACAUUUCCCAGGGAAGGAGAUCUUCAGGCUGCAUGUAGGACAAUGCU